UCCGCACUACUGUGCGAACAUCGACACCUCGUCGAUGUGAAGUAGGCAUAACGGGCGCCAGUAUGACUACGUUUCCAUCGAGGGUCCAAAUCGGGUCAGAGUCGGGUUAGAGUCGGGUUGGGGUCAGCGCUUGUACGGUGGAAACGCCAAAGGUUUAGUUGAACUCUACCCUACAAAAUUUUAGGGUAGCGUUCAGUUGAGGUUCGGUGGAAACGACAAGAGUCGAGUUCGUGUUGCCAACAUAACAAAUCCAAAUUGCAUUGUGUAUCACGUGCUGUAUUAAUCGGUGUAGAAGAGAAUAUGGUAGUUGACUUUGUGCAGUUGGUAAUGUUCAACCCUGCCGCAACUCCAACCCGCGACUCAAACCCGACUCUAACCCGACUCUCACCCGAUUUGAACCCUCGAUGGAAACGUACUCUAAGUGACAUGUGUUACACAUGUUAUGACGUGCGUGGGGACCCUGUGCCUGACCGCCAUUUUCCCUAGGAAAAUUGCUGUCGAAUAUAGAGUUGACAAACAAUUUGUGAAUAUUGUUUUCAUAAAAGUUUAGAAAAAUGGAAACGAUAUUGGAGCAGCAACGACGUUACCAUGAAGAAAGAGAAAGGUUGAUGGAUGCAAUGGUCAAAGAGAUGCUGUACAAAAAGCCAGGUCAUAGAGAAAAUAUAAAUUCGGAGCAUAGGUUGAAAAUGUUACUUGAUCAGUAUAUGGACAGUACUUUACAUUUACAGGAUUUGUAUGAAGAUAAAGAUGGACAAAGAAAGGAAGAAGUGCAAGCACUUUCAGGACCAAAUGAAUUUUCUGAGUUUUAUUCUCGAUUGAAGUCUAUAAAAGAAUUUUACCGGCGUCAUCCUAAUGAAAUAAGUAUUCCGAUGUCUGUGGAAUUUGAAGAAUUAGCUAAAAUGAGAGAAAAUCCUACGGAGGAACUUUCAAACCUUGUUGAAUUCACUGAUGAAGAGGGUUAUGGAAAAUAUCUUGAUCUUCAUGAAUGUUAUGAGAAAUACAUUAAUCUUAAGGGAAUAGAGAAAAUAGAUUAUAUCACAUAUCUAUCAACUUUUGAUCAUUUAUUUGAUAUUCCAAGGGAAAGGAAAAAUGCUGAAUAUCAGAAAUAUGUAGAGUCCUUAUUAGAAUACUUGACAGAUUAUUUGAGUAGAGUUAGACCACUACUUGAUAUAAAUGGAGAACUGGAGGAAGCAAAUAAAGAAUUUGAAACACAAUGGGAAAAUAGUACAUUUCCAGGAUGGCCAAAGGAGACUGGCAGUGCAUUAACACAUGUGGGAGCUCAUUUAGAGCUUUCUGCUUUUUCUUCUUGGGAAGAACUUGCAUCCCUCGGUUUGGACAGGUUAAAAUCAGCUUUGAUGGCUUUAGGUUUAAAGUGUGGUGGCACACUGGAGGAAAGAGCACAAAGACUUUUUAGUACAAAAGGAGAGGCAUCAUUGGAUCCAAAUUUGUUAGCCAAGAAUAAUAGGAAUAGAAAAUCUGGAAAAGGCAGAAAUUCUGAGAAGCAGAAGGAAAUAGCUCGUUUAGAAGCUCAAGUAUACAGACUUGCAGAAUUGGUAUCUUCUCAGAGGGUAGCUACAAAAGAAAAUGUUCAAAGAAAACAAGCUAGAACAGAAGGUGAAAGAGGAGAUUCUGAUGCAGAAGCCAGUGCUAGUGAAUCAGAAGAAGAGGAUGAUAAUGAAGUCCCUUACAAUCCUAAAAAUCUUCCUCUUGGUUGGGAUGGAAAACCAAUUCCAUAUUGGCUAUAUAAGCUGCAUGGUCUAAAUAUUAGUUACAACUGUGAAAUUUGUGGAAAUUUCACGUAUAAAGGACCAAAAGCAUUCCAAAGGCAUUUUGCUGAAUGGAGACAUGCACAUGGUAUGCGUUGUCUUGGUAUUCCAAAUACUGCCCACUUUGCUAAUGUGACACAAAUAGAAGAUGCUUUAGCUCUGUGGGAAAAAUUGAAAGCUCAGAAACAAGCAGAACGUUGGCAACCAGAACAAGAAGAAGAAUUUGAGGAUUCUCUGGGGAAUGUCGUUAAUCGUAAAACGUAUGAAGAUUUAAAGAGACAAGGUCUUUUAUAAAAUGCUGUAACAUUGAAUAAUUAUUCAUGUAAUUAAUUACUAGGUACCUUUUGUAAUCUACGAAAUAUUAUCUGUAUUAAAAUAAAAAUAGCGAAUAAAAAUGUGUGCAGAAGCA